UUAUUCGUCGCCAUUAUAUCUAUUGCUCUGGCCUACCAAGCCAGUACAGACAUGGUCACCUUAGGAGGAGGAGCCUUUGCAGGGGGAUUUUUUGCUGUAGUUGAUAGAUGUACUCGGCGUAAUGGAGUAAUUAAUGGCAGAGAAUGUUUACAAGCAGUACUCUUUGAAAUACUUAUAGCAGCUAUUUAUGGUAUAGGCAGGUAUGGCCAAGAAACAGGUGCCUUCAAGAGAGAAUCAUAUGAAGUAAAUAAAGGAUUUUCAUCAAUGACCACGCUGCCUAUUUCUGUUUUAGAGGACUACGAGAGGACAUCACCAGAAAACAGAAUUAAAUUUGGUUCUUUUUCAGUGGCUGAUGUGGAAGGCAGUGAGCAGUGGGAAAGUUAUGAAGAUGAUAGUGUUUUUCAUGUUUUCAAUGUUAAAGAUGAAGAAAGUCCUUAUGGACAUCACCCUGCGGUUAUACAUCGAUUUUAUAGUGAAACCAGGACCCAUGAGGUAUCUUCCCUUAAUUAUUUAAUGGAAGAAGGGGUGAAGAGACAGAUAGGUAAUAAUGAUCGUUGGGUUUAUUCUUAUGCAGCCAACAGCCAGAGCUUUGGUCUCAACCAAGAGCAUUAUCCUAAUGUACCUGUUGAUACCAUAGAACAGAUGUCUUACGACCUGUUAGGACGUCUAGAUGAAUUAGGUGCUGAUAAUAUACGCAUUGAUAUCAACGGUCAAUUAGGUAAGUGGGGCAAACUCCAGGUAGCUAAUGGGGAUACCCAAGGAGGUAUAGGACCAACCCAGUGCGAAUCCUACUACAAUAAUGACUAUGCGGAUGGUAAUAGGUGGCAUUACACAUAUCAAGUGCAUGAUGAGUUGUAAAAGAAUAAUUUGUUGUAUGUCAUCACAUCUAUAUUCGUAUAGAGCUGGCUUAAUAUAUGAUAAAAUAUUAAGAAUCAUAGAAAAUUCUUUCAUGCUACAGAACUAUUAAAUAAGAGGACCAAUGUCCAGAAGAAAACGAAAUGGAGAUAGACCAAAACUGUAUACUCACACGCAGAAAUUAUCAAUAAUCAGCACACAUUUAAGAAAAGAAACAAAAGAUUAUGGAAUAUGUUAACAUUGUCGAUCUCAACCGACAUUUUCAAAUCCAUCGAUAUAGAUUAUGAGACACGCAUAGCUACCAACGUAUACAAAAGCAUAUGUAACCUCUUCGAACCAGAGGGAAACUUGGAACAACUGCAAGUAAAAUUCCUCAGUAAAACGUUAACUUAUGGAGAAAACGCACAAAAAUUUCAUGGUUUUAGGAGUUCUAUCAUAUGAGUUAUUCUAUAAUUUCUCCAGUAUUUUGGUUUACUACAUUUUUUGUUGUCCUUUUUCAAUUUUUGAAGUUUAUAAUCCCCUAUCAAAACUCUUCAUUUUCUUCGGCUUUACACUAUUUACUAGUGAACGUAGCCUUUGCCAGCACUUCCAAUAUCAUAAUUUUCACAAUGAGGGAUAUAGAAAUUAAGUCAGGAUUGUCAUGUUUUAUAAUAAAAUGGAUAGCGGUUUGCUGCAAGAAACACCAUCAUUGCGAGAUCCUCAAGUAAAGUCAAUAGCGUAAAAAUGAAGAGUUUGUUCAUUGAAAUAUUAAAACAUUUUUCAGAUUGUGUUCAUUUUUCACAUGAAAUAUGGUUCUGGUGCCUCAAGUUACAACUAAAUUUUCGACAAGGACUCAUUAAAGUGUGAUAAAAAAGACCCUAAAGCUACUCGGCUAAUCGAAUCCAUCCUAAAACGGUCUUUAACAUGUUUGUUACCAUAUAUUAGCACGGAAACGUCGGGUGUUUCACAUUAGUUUGUUAUUAAUUUCUUGCUAUUCACCGCAUUAAUCGCAAUUAUGCCCGCCAUUCAAAGUAUUUGGAAGAAUAUUUCUAGCAAUAAUCUACAAAUACCAACAAUAAGCUACUUCAGGUGACGUUUUCUCCACUUUUGCGUCUCAUGUCAUCAAUGGAAUCUUAACUACUUAUUUACUAGCCUAACAGAUGUAUGACAAAUAAGCUUUAUCCAAUCUGAUUCUUUCACGCGCUCUAGCAAGCCCUACUUUGUUGUGAUUCCUAUAGUGGUGCCGAAAUACAGUGUCAAAUUAUUUGUUAGGUGCGAAACCAGCUUAAUAACCACGAACGUUGGCAUCAGAAGUAAAAAUGAAACAAUG